AUGUCGAAAAGAGGAGCGACUAUGGCCGACCAGGUCGUCAAGCUCAUCGUGGGCGCCGGCCAGGCGAGCCCAAGUCCACCCGUCGGUCCAGCGCUGGGUAGCAAGGGUGUCAAAUCGAUGGACUUUUGCAAGGAAUUCAAUGCAAGAACGGCGCACAUCAACCCUGGCACGCCGACGCCUUGUAGAGUUACCGUCCGAGGUGACCGAUCAUUCCAUUUCGAAAUUCGGACGCCUCACACGUCGUGGCUCCUCCUCAACGCCGCCGAGGUGCCCCCGGGGAACAAAGGCAAGCGGAAGGGUGCGAGCAACCCCGGAAAAGAGACGGUCGGAACGGUCAGCUUGAAGCACGUCUACGAAAUCGCCAAGAUUAAACAAACUGAAAUGCGUCUGUCGGGACUGAGCCUGGAGUCGCUCUGCCGGUCUAUUAUCUUCCAGGCCAAGUCGAUUGGCAUCAACGUCGUGCCAUGA